GAGUUUGAGAACUUGUAUGCAUAACAGACUUUGUAUACGUAAUAGUCCUCGUUGGGAAACCCACCCACCAUUUUCAGAUAUGCGAUACGGGUCGGUCCGAAUUAAUCGGAGUGAAGCCCCCGAAUACCAGGCUGGAACCAAAAAAAAAUAAAAACUUCUCAAUAUCAAAUAAAAAAUGCUUCAUCAUUUUUUACCUUUUUUACAAGGAAUCCUUAGUUAUAUGGUUCCAAGGCAUAUUUCAAUCCAUAGCUUAAACCAAACAUUCUGCAUCCAGAGGUCGUCUUCUUCUCAUUCUUUACUCCAAAUCUUGGAAGAGAAAAUGGACAACACCCAGCAUAACUUCAUAACUGUUCAAGGGCUGAAGCUUCAUCUUGCCGAACUUGGGUCCGGUCACGGUCCUAACGUGGUACUCUUCUUGCACGGGUUUCCGGAGAUAUGGUACUCUUGGCGCCACCAGCUGGUCGCUGUAGCCAAUGCCGGGUUUCGCGCUGUUGCACCUGAUUACAGAGGCUAUGGACUUUCAGACCCUCCACCAGAACCAGAGAAGGCAACAUUUGCUGACUUGAUUAGCGAUGUUGUUGCCAUCAUAGAUCACCUUGGAGUUAAUAAGGUCUUUGUUAUUGGGAAAGAUACUGGAGGUUUGGUUGCCAACUUCUUUGCUGUUCUCCAUCCGGAUAGGGUUCCGGCGUGGGCAAUGCAUGAAGAAGAGUUUGGCUUAACAGAUCCAAAAUUAGAAGCUCCAGCAUUGUUAAUUAUAGGUUGCAAGGAUUACAUCCUCAAAUUCCCCGGAAUGGAGGAUUACAUAAAGAGUGGAAAGGUGAAAGAUGUUGUACCUAAUCUGGACACUGUAUAUUUGUCUGAAAGGUCCCAUUUUGCUCAGAAGCAGUCGCCUGAGCUGGUGAACGAGCUGAUCCUUGGCUUCAUCAAAGUCCAUAGCUGAAGAGAUCAUCUCUUGAACCUUCAAAUUGAGUCACUCAAUAUGUAUUUAAGGAACUUGGUGAUGUUGUGUUAUCAUGGUUUAAUUUGCCAAUUAUAAAAUAAGCAUUGUAUC